AUGCUUGUUCCUAUAUUUUUGAGUUUUUUCGAGUUGACUGCAGGAAAUCAAUGCAUGUUAUGCGAUAUUGUCGAGAAUAGCCCCCUAGGGCUGUCGCCAAGUUCAAAGGACAUUGACCAGCUUCUCCUUCACCACGUCCUCGUGAAAAUCAACCAGUUGGAAAAUACGAUCAACCGGAUUCAAGAAAACCAACGAUCGGAGAAAAAAUCGAAGAGCUCUCAACCGCGGAUCUCUGUUGUGGAAGACAAGAUUCUAUCCGCUUUUUCAUCGCAGAUAAAAAUAACAAGAUUGGAGAAAGAAGUUGCGAGCGUAUCUGAUAACUUGAACCAGAUGAAUUUGACGGCUAUCGACAGUCUACUCAACUUCCAGGAGAAGAUUUCCGAAAGUGUUCGAAAGCUCAAUGAAAAAGUUGGCUGGGAGUACUCAAGAGCUGAAAAGUGGAUCGGCCGCCAUGGCGUCAUUGUUUUCGGAAAACAGCUUCUCGACACAACAGAUGGUGCCUAUGACAAAAACACGGGACAAUUUGUCGCUCAAGUACCAGGAAUGUAUUUUGUGGCGAUUUCAUUUGGAGUCACGAAGAAAAUCUGGUACGUCCAUUUGCGCAAAAACGGGGCUUACAUGGGCUCUGUUCAAAAAGACUACAAUCAAGGCCUUGAAUCAGCAGUUACGAUGCACGCUCUGCUGAAUCUGGAGGUCGGAGAUGUCGUCGACGUUUUUUGUUCAAACGUAGACAUUGAAUUUCGAGCCGACUACAACUCAGCGAAGUUCACUGGAUUCCUCGUUCACCAGCAGCACUAA